AUGCCCGGAGGUAUUCAACUUCAGCGAGCUUUCCUGCGCGCGCCCAAGUUUGCGGUUGUGGGCGCUUCUAAGAAUCAAACCAAGUACGGAACGAAGGUGCUGCAAUGGUAUCUUGCCCGAUCAAAGCCCGUCACGCCGGUCCAUCCUAGGGAAGUCGAGCUAGAAGGCCUCCGGACGGUGCCAACUCUCGCGGAACUUCCUGAGCCUGCCCGGACCUCGGUGCAUGUCAUCACGCCGCCCAAGGUAACUCUGGAUAUACUCUCGCAGGCAAAGGUGCUGCAUGUGCCGACGAUCUGGCUGCAGCCUGGCGUGGCGGAUGAGGAGGUCGCUAAGUUCAUCCAAGAAAACGGAAUGGAAGAUCGUGUCAUUUAUGGCGGCCCAUGCAUUUUGAGAGACGGAGAUGGUGUCUUGAAGACUAUGGCCUGA